UUGAAAAUCUCAGUUGUUGCAGUCCAUCCAAAGAAGGCAGUUCACUACCAAAAAUUAACCGAGUUAAAACUAAGAAAAUGAAGUUCCUUUUAGCGCUUUCCUUCAUCGUUGUCCUGUUGGGCCUGGCCCAAGGACAACUAUUGGAUAUUAAUUGCGCUUCGGAGCCUCUGGUUAUUGGUCCCUGUGAGAACAGGAUGUCUGGCUAUAGUUACUCCGAUCUCAGGAAGAGAUGUGUUAACUUUUCGGCCAGGGGCUGUGACAUCGCUGGCAACUUUUUCUACUCUCGAGCGGAGUGUGAGCACAAGUGCAAGCCCAUUGAGACCUUUGAAGAGGCCCCAUUUAGCUUCUUUUUGGAGCGAAUUCGAUCCCAGGCUCGCAACUAUUUUUCCCAGCUUUUUGAUUUGCCUUGAGAACUGUAUUCUUUGGAAAAUAAAUAUGUUUCAUCGGUAAAUGCGUA